AUGAAUGAUCUCAAAGGCCUUGUCGCAAUCGUGACCGGCUGUUCUUCAGGAAUUGGUCUGGCAAGCUCACAACAUUUUACCGAACUGGGAGCUUCGGUCUUUGGCGUUGACCUCAACCAGCCCCCCGAGGCUCUGGCAGCGCAGACUAACUUUGCUUUUGGCUCUUUCGACCUCCUCGAGCCGUCGGCACCUCAGGAUAUCGUCGAAGCGUGCGUCAAGAGGUUCGGCCGAGCCGACAUCUUGCUCAACAUUGCCGGUGCUCGAGACAAUUUUGCAGGGCUGGAGAAGGUGGAUCCCGAAACCUGGAACCGUGUUAUGACAGUCAACGUGACAGUCCCUGCAUUACUGUCCAAAUAUGCCGUGGCUGAGUUCAAGAAGCAAAAGAGUCCGGGGAGUAUUAUCAAUGUGUCGAGCAAGGCCGGCUUGAGCGGCGCCAUAGCGGGAACAGCAUAUACUGCUAGCAAACAUGCAAUUAUCGGUCUGAGCAAGAACGUCGCAUGGCGCUAUCGCAAUGAUGGCAUCAGAUGUAAUGCCAUCUGUCCGGGCGGUUUUCUCACGGGUGGUACUCAGGCGAUUGAUCCGGAAAAGAUUGACGCAGAGUCGAUGGAGCACUGGAGGCCUGUCCAUUUACUUCAUGCAAGUCCUACAGGUCCCGCGGACCCGAUCAAAGCCGCACGGCUUCUUGCGUUUUUGGCAUCACCACAGUCCGCACAAGUCAAUGGCGCCAUAAUACCGAUUGACAAUGCCUGGAGUUGCACAUAG